AUGAGCAGAAGAAACCGUCCGAACCUGCAACUUUUAGCAAGGGAUGACGGUGACUUGGAGAUUUUGAGAGGAGGCGAAUACGGAGGAUACAUUUGUUUGAAUGAGCAUCAACAACCGGUACCCAGAGACUUGUUGGUCGGUGGAGUGAGGAUUGGAGCAGGAGGACACGGAGAAGUAUCCAGAAUCAUUUACAACGGGGUUGUGAUUGCUAGAAAAGUGAGUUUGUUCCUUACCGUUUCAAAUUUGAACGCUUCCAUUCUUUCUGUAGGAUGUGAAAGUCGAACUGCAUCUGAACAGCCGAGAUUCAGACUUCGCUAAGAAAUCAGUCGAAAAGAAACUUCGAGAAGUUGAUGUUAUUAAGGGGUGCGCCAACUGCUACUGCAUAGUUCAUUUCUAUGGCUAUUUUGUGGAAAAAGACAGGAAUGUAAGCUUCUGAUUCUGAUAUCUUUUAAAAAAAAGUUUCAGUGCGUAAACAUCCAUAUCUUUAUGGAAGAACUUCGGCUCAGCGCAGCUGUUCUUGAAAGAGAAGUGGAAAAUAGGGGGCAGAAGAUUCCGGAGUUUGUGAUCGGACGCAUCACUUGUUCAGUUCUACAUGCGUUGCAGUUUCUGAAAGAGAAAAUGGUGAUAACCAACCGGGAUAAUGUUGAAAUAAAAGUAUCUUUAGCAAAUGAUCCAUCGCGACGUGAAACCGUCAAACAUUCUGAUUGACGAUGAUGGAAGAGUGAAGAUCUGCGAUUUCGGAAUCAGUGGAAAGUUGCAAAACUCGAGAGCUUACACGAACAAUGGAUGCCAACAAUAUACAGCGCCCGAACUGAUUGCGGUUUUGGUUUCAGGCAGAGUCGAUAUUUGUUUUACUGUUUUCUUCCAGAAUUCAUUGGACUUACGCGGGUACUCAGUUAAAAGUGACAUUUGGUCUCUUGGCAUCACCAUCUGGGAACUGUCAACUCUGAGGUUACUCAAAAAGGAAAGUUAUCCAAAUAAGCUGAAUGUUCCAGACUUCCAUAUCCAAAGACCACUGGAAUAGCACUAGCCGGAGCAAUUGAUCGGGAGCCCGCUCCUAUUAUGGAACGGGUAAGUACAUAUAUCUCGGCAUACUUUCACAUCUGAAAGCGAUUCAGGGAGAGUACAGCGAUCGACUAGUCGAGUUCGUGGGAAAACUUCUUCAAAAGGAUAAGGAUGCUAGGCCAACUUUCUCAGAAAUCAAGGUGAGUGCAAAAAGUGUGGUUCGUCGUGACGCGCCAAUCUAAUUCUCACUAAUUUGGGGUGAUUUGCAGGAGCUUCCGUUUUUCAAGGAGCAUGACGUACCCUUCACGUGCAUCGGCACCGGAGUCGGUGCUCCAUUCGAGUCAUCUAACGCGAAUAGACCUUCAGUCGGAGCGUGGCUUGAUAAUUUCUUGUAUUCCGAAACGUUAUGA